CUUUGACUCGCAUCUCUACUUAAAGGUUUUUCUUUUUCAAAGGUUUUUCUUUUCUAGGCUAAAUACAAUCACUGCCAAAGUUCUUGUAACACUAACGUCAGUUUUCAGAGGCAAAUUUAGCCUCCCCCCUUUAUCCCCCCACUCCCCUUUGGAAGAAUGUUGAUUUACUGUAGAAAGAAGAAAGGGGUUCUUGAGUAUGCUUUUUCUUGUGGCGUGUAUUAUACUUUUCUGUACUUCUAACGUUGUUCUGGGGGGAAAGAAAAUAGAGGUGAUCGGAAAAAUAAAUGAAUAGUAGAAAAGCACAGCGUUGGAUGUCCCAAGUUAUUUUUGCAAUGAUUGCAUAUGUUUUAGAUUCAAAAAGCCCGUUGGCAAGAUUUUAGUUUAUAUUGUUUCCAAAAGUAUAAAUAUUGGAAUCUGAAAAGAGUCGAUUUUUAACAAAAACGUAAAAUUCGGCGCAACUUAGUAGCAUCUUUCUUCGGAGCUAUACCUAAAGCUGUACAUGUUGGGUUUGAAAAUGUAAAAUGUGGGUCAAGCAGCCAAGAAAUAUUCCUGAAAUCGUGAUUACAAGGCCAUGAGGCAUAUCAGCUGGUAUUAGGGGUAAACAAGCAGGGAAAUAAUUGCAGCUUUUGUGUUGCUUGUUCAUUUUGUGUUAAUGAAGUGUUGGAAGCUUCGCGGUACCUGUUUCAGCCGUGACUCUGCUUUGCUAAUACCCGUUGCGACCAGGUACUUGACUAACGAGGCCAAGAUCAAGGAACUGUGAGCAAAUAAUGGCUUUAUUGAAAACAGCUGAGACAACUGAAAUUAAGCAUCAAACCGAUUUGACUUUAAACAGUUUUUGUUCGAUAGUUUGAACUUUUCAACCUGAAUCAAUGACACGCCGGUCAUUUGCAGAUAUUUUUUUUCUUAUCACGCUGUAUUCGGGUUCUUAAGAGUGGCCUAAAACGUCAGAUGACGAGAAUGAAGUCCAGGACGUUCACAUUACGCGGUAUUUUCCUAUUAUUAAGCGGCCUAACAAUCGGAUUUCUGAUUCCUUUGAUACUACGACGAACUCUACUCGCUUUCCCAACGAGGCGAUGCCACUUACCGUUCCCUCAGACUAUACAAGAAAACAGGCCUACGAAAAUCACGCCCGGUAGAAAGCAGCUGAUCUUUGUUGGCGUUAUGACUGCAGAGAAGUUUCUCGACAACAGGGCCAAAGCAGUUUUUGAAACAUGGGGAAGCUCGUUGCAUGGUUCGCUGGCGUUCUUCUCCAGCAGCAGCUCAAGGCGAACAGAUUUGCCAGUUGUGAGUUUAGAUGGGGUUGACGAUUCGUAUCCACCGCAGAGGAAGUCUAUGAUGAUGUUGAAAUAUAUGCACGACCACUUUAUAGACGAUUAUGAGUGGUUUAUGCGUUGCGAUGACGAUGUGUAUGUGCGCACAGACAAACUGGAAACCUUCUUAAGAACUUUAAACAGUACUGAAGACUACUAUAUAGGCCAAGCGGGCACAGGGCGUCAAGACGAGAAAGGAAUGUUGGGUUUGGGAUGGGGUGACAACUUCUGCAUGGGUGGCCCUGGAGUCAUACUUAGCAGAAGCACUUUAAGAAAAGUGGUGCCCUACGUGGAAUACUGCUUGCAACACUUGGUUACAACGCACGAAGAUGUGGAGGUGGGCCGAUGCAUCAAGAUGUUUGUUGGGGUCUCCUGCACUUGGGCUUUCGAGAUGCAGUCACUGUUCUAUCACAACCACUCGGAGGAGCAUGCUUUCACCAACAACCUGAACACGAAAUCUGUCCGCAACGCUAUCACGCUGCACCCGGUCAAGAAAGCCCCUUACAUGUAUCGUCUUCACGUACAUUUUAUCAAGUUAAAAAUCCAGGAUUUGCUUCAUGAAACUGUGCUGGAACAACGCCGUUUACGAGUUCUUGACAAGCUGCUGGCGAAAAACGCUUCAAGCUUCGCUGUGGAUGAACUUGCAAUGCUUAAUGAUAUAAGGGAUUUCGGACAUAAGAUGCCAAAGGACCAAUCGCCGGACUGGGACAUGUUUACAGCCCGGAAAAUAUAUUCUUACAGUCAUGACUCACCCGAGAUUGGAAUGAUAAACCCUACAAGAGAUGGCCUAAAUCAGGUUCUUGGCCAAACAAUGAUGAUCGUUAAUAAAGAAGCGAGAAAAGUUCUUCAUCGGACCCUUGAGUUUAAACGGUUAAAUCAUGGUUAUAAGAGACACCAUCCGGUACACGGCUCACAAUAUAUGCUUGACUUGCUUAUGAAAUACCAUCGGCAUAUAGGUUAUAACCGCAGACGGAUGACAGUACAUGUUCGACACCACGCUUACUUACAGCAUCCAUUCGGAAACCUUGUUUAUAUGGUAGAGCCUGCUAAAUCUUCGGUUCCAGUAAUACACUUCUUGCUACCUCUCGCUGGACGGCUAGGCCCGUUUACAAGGUUCAUGAAAACGUUUGAAGAAAUCUGCUUAAGGGCGAAGCAGCCUGUCAAACUGCUUAUUUUGUACUUUAAAGAUGUCUCUCCUGGCACGGAACAGUACGCGAUUGUCAAAUCAUAUUUGAAAAGAUAUCCAGGUGCUGAUAUAAGGUGGAUAAAUAUGAAAGGGGCAUUCUCUCGCUCUCUUGCACUUUCCAUGGGGGCCAGCCAGUUUUCCAAAACCUCUUUGCUAUUCUUCUGUGAUGUCGAUCUUGACUUCAACUCAGUGUUUCUCGAUCGCUGCCGAAAUAAUGCCAUUGAGGGACAGCAAGUCUACUAUCCUAUAGUUUUCAGUCAAUACAACCAAGAACUGGCUUUUAGGAAUACCACAAUGCCAAAAACCUCGUUUUUCUAUGGUAGAAACGCGGGUUUCUGGAGACUUUACGCGUUUGGAAUCGCGUGUAUGUACCGUUUUGACCUGAUGGCAAUAGGUGGAUUUGAUACAACGAUACAAGGUUGGGGUCUUGAGGAUGUCGAGCUAUACGAACGGUUCGUGUCAAGUAAUGCAUAUGACGUUUUCCGUGCAAUCGAGCCUGGCCUCGUUCACGUAUAUCAUGACAUCACAUGUGCAAAAGACCUUCCCGAGAAACAGUUGAAAAUGUGUUUUAAUUCAAAGGCAGGGACAUACGGUUCCCAGAAGAAACUCUAUGAAAUUAUUCUCGACAAAGGGUACUUAACAUAGGAUACUUAACAUAGGGUACUUGACAUAGGUUGCCAAAUAAAUGUCUACAUGAUAGAUUUAAGGGCGGAAUUCAUUCAGAGCACACCUUGGUACAACCCACUUCUCGACAAACCGACUGUAAAGCAAAACCCAUAUUCCUGAGUGAUGAAAUGUGGUUUAUUUGACAAGCAAAAAGUGGUUGGCCAACUAUUUGGUCCUACUGAUACUAACAUCCUUUAAAAAAUAUUUUUUCUUAUGAAGGUGAUGUCAUAAAGUGUCAUUUACCAUUGAUGAAGUCAACCCCCUUAAGCAAGCUUAUGUUUUCGCUUUGAGCGCUACGAAAAUUUUAGUCACAGGAGGCUUUAAAAGCUCUUUGCUAAAAAGUCAUCAAGAUGAAAUGUAGACAGUGAUAAAUAGUCAAUGAUAAGCAAUGUCGGAGGAAUGAUAAUGAGAAAUUGCACCAGACGUGUUAAAAGCUCUUUGCUUAAAAAGUCAUCUAGAUAAAAUGUAAACAAGAUUUGAUAGAAAAUCUUUGAAUGGUAAUGAGAAAUGGUACCCCGACCCUCUCUGCUAUUGAAAUGUAUACGCUUCAACUUUGUUUGUUUGCUGACUAUCAUGUGUUCAAGCUUCAACCCACCCACCCCUACCAGUUUUCCAAAAAUGUUAAGAAAGGAUAACAUUUAUGCAAAGUAUUAUUUGUUUUAUCAUGUUAAAGUCAUUCUAUGAAACUGCCUUUGCGUAACCAAAUGUUCCCUUGGGCCUUUCCUAUUGGUAAAUUUGUCGUUCCCUGCUGGUAAAAGGGCGUUUUCUAGCCGUAAAAUGGACGCAAAAGUUUUUAUUUUUGAGUUAGGAUUAAGAAUAAAGUUUCUUUGAAACUGGGCAUAUCUCUGGAAGAUUUUUCCCUCAUUUUUCUCCAAGUACAACAGCUUUCAAGGCUCUCUCAUAUGGAGUCCUAUUUGAUAGUUAUUGAGUUCAAGGGCAACUGUUGUUGUUUUGCAAGAAUGAAACCAGGCUAUUUUAUGAUUAAACCGAGUGCAUAGGUUGAGCUUGAGAUCUAGUCGCACCGCACUAUCCGUUUUUUGCACAAAACGUUCAUUGAUUUAUAUUCAUAUUCAUAUUCAAAAUGUUCAUAUUCGUGAGCAAAAAUAACAAGAUGAUUUCUCAAGGCCUUAUAAUGGGGCAAAGCUAUUCAUCAAAUUGAAUGCCUUCAAGUAGAAAACUCCACAUUAACUUUUCUUUUCCACUUCUUUUACAAUAAGACAUAUCCUUUAUGAAAAUUUUUCUCUAAUAUGAAUAUUUAGUUAACAAAUAGAAUUUUAAAUACCUGUCCAGAAAUACGCCACGUUGGUAAAACUUAGCUUUGUUUUGGCAAGAUUAACCCUAGCUCGGCUUACUUAUAGCUGUGUCAUAUUUUCCAUUUGAGAUAGAAAAUAAUUUAUAUUCUGAGAGUUAAAUGCAAAAAGAUUUACAGAAGCGAUAGAAAGUUGUUUGGGAUUUUCUGUUGCUUUCUGAUCUGUCAGAACUUUUGCACUUAUUUUGAUAAGUAACCAGUUACUAAGCAACUCGGGGAUCAGAUAAAUGCUUCAUCAACACCCCCAAAAACAUUUCAAACAUUUUGCUUCCUAAAGAAAGUGAAUCUCUUAUUCUUCUCUAACAAUGUCGAAACUACCCUCUGGUUAUUUACAAUUUUACGGUAAGAAAAAUUUUAUAAAAACACGAGAUUCAAAAUUUGUCAAAAAUUAAGAACAAAUUAAUAACAAGUUGGGGAUGGGCUACUGUAAAAUGAGACUAUGAAAAAUGUUGUGAAUCCCACUUGUCACAAAAACUAGGAGAGCUUUUGCAUUCAAAGAAUAUUUAAAUUGCCCUUUCUUAUUCGUGUGUGUGCGUCCCUGACAUUUUGCACCUCCCUUAGGUCGGUAGAUUAGAACAAAACCAAAAUAAAGUAACUACCUGAAGCGGCACCAUAGUUGCCGCCGAAGAAAAAAGUUUUUUAUAAUCUUAAUACGUCAAGUUCGCCGGUAAUUGAACUCUUUGUAGCAAAUUUUAAUAAUAAAAUAUUAUUUUUAAAAUGAAUAUUCGCUGAUGGAAAGAGAAGGUAUUGAUCGAUUUCUUCCUUGUUUUACCUUAUGCAACAUAGCUGCAUAAAUUUUCAAAUCUGGGACAAAAUUUUCAAUCCUGGUGAUAGUCUCAAAAUUGGCCCUGUUUCGGUUUUCAAUAUCAAAUAAAGAUAUAAUUUAUGACCAAUAAUGCAAAUUUCCAUAACCAAAUUUGAACCUUGAAGAUUCGGAUUUUAACUGACAAAGUCCGUGCAGCGAAUCACUCUAUGGUAGAAAUCGGUAAUUCCUGAGCAAUCAUUUCGUUUUUGUGGAAAUCUAGUGUUUUCUUUGCAAAAGUGAAUUGCUCCUCGAUAAUACAGUAAAUACUUUAGAUCAAGUAAUUCAUGUCGCUAAAAGGAUCGUUUCUCUUCACCUUUUUAUCCACAGCUCGAGUUUGAGAAUUUUCCGACAUAACAAUGAUUUUUUCGAAAAUCCAUCAAAGUAUGAAAACACGGUCCCCUAGCCUGAGUUCCAUUUAUGUGUAGGGGAUAUGUGGAACCGAGAACGAAAUCGCGUACGAGCGUUUCCCUAGCCUGUACCCAAUUCCACAAAUGCUGCCACAAUUAUGGACUGUGCAGUAUUGAUAAAUAUUCUGUCCAGACAGAGGGCUGGGUCUAGUUUAUGUAAAUAAUUUAUGCAACGAAAUCAUUGAAAUUUUACAUGAAAAAUCAACGAAGAAAUAUUCACUGAAACCAAACAGGAGGUAGAAAACAUGAUGCAUGAAGAGGUUAAAGUUUUACAAGAUUGGAACAGUUAACAAUUUCAGCUAAUUGCAUAAUUUUAAAGGAAUGCAAAAAUUACCACCAGAUCCUGAUGGCAGCAAAAUUAAUUAUGCAAAAAGUUAUGCGGCAUUCACAUUUAUAUGACAAAAGUGAGCAACAGCUUGCGUUUAAAAGCAGAGACCAUUUUCUACGGCUUGAAGGCAAAUCGUCUUGUUUACUUAACGAUUACCAUUUCUUAUCACUUGUCCGAAAGUCAUGCUUUUCGCCAUCGUAUCCACCAGAUCUUGUCCCAAAAAUCCUUCUUUACAUUACAUUCAAGCCAAAUUAGUAAAUAGCCAUCUUCUACCAUGCAAUACGAUGUUUACUCAAAGCAAAACGAUUGGGUGCCAAGUCAAUUUUACUUCAAUUGCUGCGAUAGAUUCACACCCCAUCAACCGCUGUAAAAUGAGCAAGAUUGGCCCACAGCCUCUUUAACACUCUGUUUUGGUCAGAACCAAUGAAGUGUCACAACAAAGAUCUUCAACAUCAAAUAGCUGAGAGCAUAUUGAAAACUUUUCUUCUGACAAUUAAAUCUAUAUCAUACCUCGAUCAAAAUUAUACUGCAGUCAAAAAGGUUAGCGAUUCCUCUUGGAUGACUUCAUAGAUCUGUGAUAAUUAUGCAAAGAAUUCACUUCAAUCCUCGUACGCGAUUUGGCUCUCGGUUACACAGACCCUCUUCUUUCAAGUUAGGGUCUGG